CCUGCCUGUAGCCUCAGAGAUGGAAGCGCUCCUGCAAGAGCUCAGCUCGGCCUCCAAGCUCUUAACUGACUUUAAGGAGAUGUAUAAAUAUGAGGCCCGCUUAAAAACCUUCACCCAGUGGCCCUUCCAGGAGAACUGCAAGUGCACUCCGGAGAAUAUGGCAAAGGCUGGCUUCAUCCACUGUCCAACUGUAGAUGAACCAGAUGUGGUAAAAUGUUUCUUUUGCUUGUUAGAACUGGCGGGCUGGGAACCCAAUGAUGACCCAUGGGAGGAGCACACCAGACGUCACACCUGUGACUUUUUAUCCCUUCCCAAGCACUUUGAUGAGCUGACAAUGGAAGAGUACUACAUGCUGGAGAUGACACGGCUGAGGACCUUCAUUUGCAAAGUUGGCAGGCGCACAAUAAACUCUUUUCAAGAAGAAGUCGCGGCAACGAGGCAGAGGCUGGUGGAUUUCUUCGGCUCCAGACCGCAGCUCCCGGCAGCGCUGCCUCUCGGGGAUGAGCCAGCAGCAGCCCAGCAGCCUGGAGGCUCAACUGCCGGGCAAAAGAGGCCCAGGACAAGUGAGCUGUGAAUUCAGUCUGACUCUAAACCUGUCUCUUCACUUGGUGUAAACAUUCCUGUCUUGAUCCGAGUGCUGAACGGGUGUGUGAGGAGCUGUAUGUGCGUCACUGCUCUCAGCCUCUCUGGAUUGGGGGAGUGAGUACAGGCAGGUGUGCCCUGCCUUUCACGGUGUGCUUUCCUGGUACGGCUGCGUGGGGAGCUAGGAAUAGUCCCACUACCCUGCCAGUGUAUGAAAAAUGUCUAAGCAAAUACUUUUAUUCUGGUUUUUAGCAAGCUUUUUUUUCUGAAUAAAGAUUCACAACUCAGUACUUCUGUGAUCUCUGUUAAAACCUUAUCCCUAGGAAGACUCAAAUCAGAACAGCUCUGCUUCAAAACCCUUUUCAGCAAAUGAAAGGGAUCUGUGUGUCUGCAGCAAUUGCUUUAAGCACUUGCAUUAACUACACGCCUCCUGUUGUCUUUCUA